GGGGUGUUGGUGAGGAGGUCGCAGUGGAGGUUGUGAUGUGUCGGAACUUUAACGGUGUGGGUUCCAGGCCGGCCCUGUCCUGCCCUCUUGGCCUCUGGUAUGUUGCUGCUGCCGCUGCCGCUGCCGAGGACAACGCUGGUCUAAUCACGGGAUAGAGCUGGGGGAGGGGCACAGGGACCAGCGCAGGGUUCCAGCUGUCAGAUCUUGAGUAAAAAUGGCAAAAGAUCAGUUUUACCGAAGAGGUAGUUUCAAUAGCUACCAGAGCAACACAAGUGAUGAAGAUAUGGUGGAAAUUGCAGGAGCAUCUCUGGAUUUUUCUUUGGCAGAUGACGUUCCUCCUUUAGACAGGGAGCCACAAGAAGGUACAGAUCAAGAAAACCUGCAGAGGUUUCAACAAACAUGGUAUGCAAACUAUAAUGGAACAGGAAUGAAUGGUUCAAGCAAGAUAAUGGAUUUUCUAGAUGAACCAAUUCCUGGUUUGGGGACAUAUGAAGAUUUCAAUACAAUAGAUUGGGUCCGUGAGAAAUCCAGGGACAGAGACAGACACCGAGAGAUUACAAGCAAAAGUAAAGAGUCGUUGUGGGCACUCAUUAAAGGUUUGAGUGAUGCCUUCUCUGGGUGGCUGGUGAUGUUACUGGUUGGACUUAUGGCAGGUGCUAUUGCUGGUUUGAUCGAUAUGGCUUCUCACUGGAUGACAGAUCUGAAAGAAGGCGUCUGUUUAGUGGGGUUCUGGUACAACCAUGAACAUUGUUGCUGGACAUCCAGUGAAACCACUUUUGAGCAACGAGAUAAAUGCCCACAGUGGAAGUCUUGGUCGGAGCUGUUUCUCAACCAGUCAGAUGGAGCUGGUGCGUACAUAUUGAAUUACUUCAUAUAUGUUAGCUGGGCUAUAGCAUUCGCUUUCCUGGCUGUGUCUUUGGUGCGUGUAUUUGCGCCUUAUGCGUGUGGAUCUGGAAUUCCAGAGAUUAAAACCAUAUUAAGUGGCUUUAUCAUUAGGGGCUAUCUAGGAAAAUGGACUCUGAUUAUAAAGACUGUUACCCUGGUUUUGGCAGUGUCUUCAGGCCUCAGCCUGGGAAAGGAAGGUCCCCUAGUGCAUGUGGCCUGCUGCUGCGGCAAUAUUGUUUGUCAUCUGUGUACAAAAUAUAGGAAAAACGAAGCUAAAAGGAGAGAGGUACUAUCAGCAGCUGCAGCAGCAGGUGUUUCUGUUGCUUUUGGUGCCCCCAUUGGAGGAGUUUUGUUUAGCCUUGAAGAGGUCAGCUACUACUUCCCUCUGAAGACUUUAUGGAGAUCAUUUUUUGCUGCAUUGGUUGCAGCCUUCACACUCCGUUCUAUUAAUCCAUUUGGGAAUAGUCGCCUUGUACUGUUCUAUGUAGAAUUCCACAGCCCCUGGCAUUUGCUGGAAUUAAUCCCUUUCAUCCUUUUGGGAAUCUUUGGAGGACUAUGGGGAGCUUUUUUUAUUCGUGCCAACAUUACCUGGUGCAGAAGGCGCAAGACCACCAAGUUAGGGAAGUACCCAGUUCUUGAAGUCCUUGUUGUGACUGCUAUCACUGGUAUUAUAGCUUUUCCUAAUGACUACACUAAGAUGAGUACCAGUGCGCUCAUUUCAGAGCUGUUCAAUGACUGUGGACUCUUGGAUUCAUCACAACUCUGCGAUUACAUCAAUGAUGUCAACAGCACCAAAACAGUUGAUGACUUGCCAGAUCGCGCGGCAGGUAAAGGUGUCUACAUGGCAAUUUGGCAAUUGGCUCUAGCACUGGUGUUUAAAAUUUUCAUCACAAUAUUCACAUUUGGUAUGAAGGUUCCCUCAGGACUCUUCAUACCAAGCAUGGCGGUGGGUGCAAUAGCUGGAAGACUUCUAGGAAUAGGAAUGGAACAGCUGGCUUAUUAUCACCAUGACUGGAUCAUCUUUAAAGGUUGGUGCAGUCCUGGAGCUGACUGCAUCACUCCUGGGUUAUAUGCCAUGGUCGGUGCUGCUGCAUGCCUAGGAGGUGUGACCAGGAUGACUGUAUCAUUAGUGGUUAUAAUGUUUGAACUAACAGGCGGACUGGAGUAUAUUGUACCACUAAUGGCUGCUGUAAUGACUAGUAAAUGGGUGUCUGAUGCAAUUGGACGUGAGGGCAUCUAUGAUGCACACAUUCGGUUGAAUGGCUACCCAUUCCUGGAAGCAAAGGAGGAAUUUACACACAGAACUUUAGCAAUGGAUGUAAUGAGACCUCGACGAAAUGACCCUCCUCUGACCAGCCUUACUCAGGAUGGGAUGAAGGUAGAAGAUGUGGAGACAAUCAUUAAUGAAACAACAUACAGUGGAUUCCCUGUGAUAGUGUCAAAAGAAUCCCAGCGACUUGUAGGUUUUGUCCUCAGAAGAGACCUAGUAAUCUCAAUUGAAAAUGGAAGGAAGCGGCAAGAUGGGAUUGUCAGCACUUCCAGUAUUUAUUUUACUGAACAUGCUCCUAUGCAGCCUCCAAAUAGCCCAGCUGCACUCAAAUUGCGCUCUGUCCUAGAUUUGAGUCCCUUCACAGUGACUGAUCACACUCCCAUGGAAAUAGUGGUUGACAUAUUCCGAAAACUAGGCUUAAGACAGUGUCUUGUUACUCACAAUGGGCGGCUUCUUGGUAUUAUCACCAAAAAGGAUAUAUUGAAACAUAUUGCUCAGAUGGCCAACCAAGACCCUGACUCCAUUAUGUUUAACUAAAAUAAAAUUUUAUUCAUGUCAAUGGAGAUUGCAAAGAGGACAGUUUUAUUUCUGGUAAUUUGCUCUGACUAAUGUCAUUUCUGCACCUUAAGUUCCUCCUGAAGAUCAAGAAUGGUGUACCUCCUGUUCAACGAGUGUCUGACUUCCAAUUGCACUACACAAUCUACAAAAUCUUUUUUCCUACAUUUUUGGAUAAGCACUGUGGAACCAUAAAUCGACUGAAUGAAGAACUGAGUGUACUUCCAUCCACAAUUUGCAUUAAAUUCAUUGCAACAGGGGUGUCAUUGAUUAUUGGUGCAUUAAUUGUUUUGAAUUUAUAAACAAGUAACCUACAUAAUUUAUUUCAUCUUUCGAUUUAUUUGAAAUUAGAUUUUCCAACACUAUCUGAUAAUGCAAUCAAGUAUGAAUUCAGCCAUUUUGGCACAUCCUCCUGUGAAUGAAUUAUUAAUGUAAGUAAUAAUAUUGAUCUAAGAUUUAUCAGUUUUUUUCUCUGAGGAAUUAUAAUUGUGUAAGUACUUUUAAAAUUGUAAUUACUUGAAGUAUUUGCGUACAAUCCACCAGUUGAAGAAGGUCAGCACACCAGUUAUGUGAGGUCCUUUGACAGAAAACUUUGUUUAACUUGAUGUUUACAGGAUUACCAAAUAAAAUGAUCAAAUUCUGUCCAACUUAGUUUAGUUAAAUGUAAUGUGCAGGGCAUUUUGUAAAUAUGAGAGAAUUCAGCUACUUUUUCAGCAAAUAAACAGUUCAGUGAACAAAUGCAGUUGUUUUAAGGGACUGAUUUUUUUUAUUUUAAAGUAACUCCAGUCACUCAUUGCCUCCACGUGCCAUCUUUGGAAAUCAGUGGAUCAAGCUAUUGUUGUGGCUUGUGACACCCCUUUUUAAAAAGGGAGUAAGGCAAAAGUCGUAAAAUUACAGGCCAAUUAGCCUAACCUCGGUCGUGGGUAAGAUUUUAGAGUCCGUUGUAAAGGAUACGAUUUCUGAAUAUUUGGAAGUAUAUGGUAAAGUAGGGCAAAGUCAGCAUGGUUUCAUCAAGGGGAGGUCAUGCCUGACAAAUCUGCUAGAAUUGUUUGAGGAAGUAACGAGCUGGGUUGACCAAGGAGAGCCACUGGGUGUUAUCUACCUGAACUUCAAGAAGGCCUUUGAUAAGGUGCCACACAGGAGGCUGCUGAGUAAGAUAAGGGCCCAUGGUGUUAGAGACAAGGUGCUAGCAUGGAUAGAAGAUUGGCUGCCUGGCAGAAAGCAGACAGUGGGGAUAAAGGUGUCUUUCUCAAGAUGGCAACCGGUGACACGUGGUGUUCCGCAAGGGUCAUUGUUGGGACCACAACUUUUUGCUUUAUACAUUAUUGAUCUAGAAGAAGGCUCAGAGGGCAGUCUGGCUAAGUUUGCAGAUGAUACAAAGAUAGGUGGAGAGACAGGUAAUAUUGAGGAGGUGGGGAGGCUGCAGAAGGAUUUGGACAGGUUAAGAGAGUGGGCAAAGAAGUGGCAGAUGGAGUACAACGUGUAAAAGUAUGAGGUCAUGCACUUUGGUAAGAAGAAUAAAAGAAUGGACUAUUUUCUAAAUGGGGAGAAAGUUCAGAAGUCUGAAUUGCACAGAGACUUGGGAGUUCUAGUCCAGGAUUCUCUCGAGGUAAACUUGCAGGUUGAGUCAGGAGUCAGGAAGGCCAAUGCAAUAUUGGUAAUUGUUUUGAGAGGAGUUGAAUUUAAAAACAGGGAUGUACUACUGGGGCUUUAUAAAGCUCUGGCCAAGCCACAUUUGGAGUAUUAGGAGCAGUUUUGGGCCCCAUAUCUCUGGAAGGAUAUACUGGCCCUGGAACAGGUUCAGAGGAGGUUCACAAGAAGAAUGGGCCUAGGAAUGGAAAGCUUAACAUAUGAGGAAAGUUUGAGGACAUUGGGACUACACUCAUUUAAGUGUAGAAGGAUGAGGGGAGGGGGAUCUAAUUGAAACUUACAGAAUACUGAAUGGCUUGGGCAGAGUGGAUGUUGAGAAGAUGUUUCAAUUUCUAGAAGAGACUAGGACCCGAGGCCUUAGAGUAAAGAGAAGACCUUUCAGAAUAGAGAUAAGGAGAAGCUUUUUCAGCCAGAGAGUGGUGAAUCUAUGAAAUUCACUGCCACAAUAGGCUUAAACACUAGAAGUCACAUUCUCUGUAUAGCUAAAGCAUGUAAUGCAGUCUAGCUUAACAACAGGAUUUCUGGAAAUCCAUGCUGGCAUCAAAUCUUCCAUUUCACCAGCACAUACCAUCAGUAAUUAAGAGGUUAAGAGUACAUUCUCAUUGCUCAUGGUUCUUACCAUACUUUUCAUGACUGAGCCAAUUGACAUCUAAGAAUGGAUCUGCUGUCAGCUUUCCCUUUCCUCCACAAUGUGGCUGAGAUGGAUCUGAGUGAAUUUGAGGGACUUGUGUGCAGUCUGUCAUUAUUCUGAUGUGAUGCAGAGCUUUGAUAGGUACUCCUGUAUGAAUCCAAACAGUGCCAUUUAUUUUCGCAUCGUAUCAGAAUUUACAUUCCACUAAUAUUUUUGUGAAUCAGGUGGAAAGAAAUCAUUUUUUCCAAAUGGUUGCUUAAAUCUCAAAUUGUGUUGUACAAAGAAUUAAGACUUUUGUUUAGAUUUAUUUCAGUUAUGUGUAUUUGGCAGAUUUCUUCCCGUUUUUGUUUAUUUAUAACUCAAUAAUGCAGAACAAAUCUGGAAGAAUAAAAAGCACACCACUUAAUCAUCACUCUAAUUCUUCCUUCAGCAUUGUGGGCAGACUGAUAUAUAACGCUGAGUUAACAGGAAACCUGUUAAAACCAAUCAUUAGUAUCAUGUCUCUUACUCAUCUCCUUCUACAGGAUGCUCUUUCUCCCUCUUCUCAGUGAAGAAAAUUCACUUCGCAAUCUUCUGGCUAAGUGUCCCUCUUCGGUUACUGGACUCUAAUUACAUAUUUUAUUCUCUACAGAAAGUUUUGCUGCCCAAAUGUGUCAAGAAAUAUUUAAAAAAACCCAUAGAAAUUUGUAUAACAGGAUAAGGCAGAACCCAGAUCUAGGUACACAAAUAAGUUGACAUGUCCACAAAUAUUCAGUUCCUCCACCACCAAUGUGCAGUAUCAGCAGCAUGUUCCAUCUACAAGAUGCACUGCAGAAAUUCUUCAAGACAGCACCUUCCAAAUCCAUGAUCACUUCCAUCUGGAAGGUCAAGGAUAGAAGAUGCAUGAGACAUCACCACUUGCAAGUUCUCUUCCAAGCCAUUCACCGUCCAGACUUUACCGUUCCUAAAGUAUCGCUGGGUAAAAUCCAGGAAUUCCCUCCCUAACAGCAUUGUGGGUCUACACCCAAUGCCUGGACUUCAGAUGUUCAAGAAUUUAACUCACCACCAACUUCUCAAAGACAACUAGGGAUGGCAAUAACUGCUUGCAAAGCUAAUAAUGCAUCCAUCCCGUGAAUGAACAAACUAUAACAACAUGCCAGAUUGUGGAAAAAUGGGAACCUGCUAACAAGCUGACAUUUCUAAUGCUCAUACCCAUUUUUUUGAGGAACCAUUUCAUUGGAUGUUAGUAGACUAUGUUGGGACCUUUAUCAAUAAUAAGCAGGACAUCAGUAUUUCCUAACUGCUAUAGAUAUAGCCAUUCAGUUCUCAGAGGUCAUCCCCUUGUGAACAAUUAGUACUAAAGAGAGUUAACCCAAUUCUUUCCUCAAAAUGGGUUAAUGGAGAUGCAGUCAGGCCAUGUUCAAUUUUAUGUCUAACAUUUACCAGGAAGGUAUGGGCAACCUGCAUGUAAUAGAAUUAAAAUCUUUAAUACAGACUCAAGAAACUUUAGAAAGGUAAAAAUAAACCCUUGAAAACCCUCAAAAUGACAAUGAGACAUAAAAUUAUGAAUAUCCCCAGCUUGGAAGAAAGGGCUGGAAUUUCUUUGUUUAGCACUCUCAAGUCAUCUCAGGUUUGCUGCAGUGUUCCAGAAAAGCUCAAUGCAAGCUGGAAGAGCAACACUCAUUUUCCACUUGGGGACUCUGCAGCCCUCCAGACUGAAUGUCGAGUUCAAUAAUUUUAGGGCCUUAACCUUCCCAUGUCCUUGUCCCCUACUCCACACACCAGGCCUCGUGUUAUCACACAGCCUGCUAUUACACACUACCUGUUGUUAAUCACUAACAGUCGCCACUAGCAGCUAUUUCACCCUCCCAGCUAAAUCAUUCUCAACUCCUUUGUCUAUCCAACUGCUCUUUUCUGUCUCUUUGGGCUCUAUCCUAUUGUUUACUUCCUACCCGAUCCUCCUCCCUAUUUUCUGCAUAUAAACCAAUGUUUUCCCAGCAACCAUCAGUUCUGAGGAAGGGUCACUGAAUGCGAAACAUUAACUCUGAUAUUUUCUUCACAUGUGCUGUCAAACCUGCUGAGCUUUUCCAUCAACUUCUGUUUCUAUUCCCGAUUUACAGCAUCCACAGUUCUUUCGAUUUUUAUUUGGUUCUGAAGAAAAAUCACUGUGCUCGAAACAUUAAGCUGUUUACUCUUCACAGAUGCUGCAAGACUUCAACUUUCCCCAAAAAUUUCCAUUUUUGUCUUUUUUUUAAAAUUCCCAGAAUCUGCAGUUCUUUGUUUUAUCUCAAAAUUAACUGCAUAGGCUGUGUGUUAUGUCACGUGUGGUAAUGAGAAUAUGAAUGAGUGAGUACAUACGUAUUUAUACAUUGUUAUAUUUUUUUUCCCUAUGUUUUGGCAUUGUGUUUCUCUAAGUGUGGAGUGUUACAAAGACUUCUUUGUAAUAUUUAAUAUUUAUUUGAGGACUAUCAAGUCUG